UUCGUGAUUCUUCAUUGAUUAAGCCCAGAUUUCGGUUAUAUAUUCAUAAUAACACUAAAGGAUCGGCGUUACAACUCGUCCUCUUGUCCAGAAGAAGAUGGGUACGUUGAUACGGAAGCAGGUUCUGAGCUUGACGGAAUCCGCGGCUUCUAGAAUCCGCCAGCUGCUGGAAAAACGUCAGCGUUCGUUCCUCAAGCUCGGCGUCAAGUCCCGCGGCUGCAACGGUUUAUCUUACACCCUCAAUUAUGCAGAUGAAAAGGGGAAGUUUGAUGAGUUGGUUGAGGAUAAGGGGGUGAAGAUACUGGUUGAUCCUAAGGCGCUUAUGCAUGUCAUCGGAACUAAGAUGGACUUUGUCGAUGACAAGAUGAGGUCGGAGUUCAUUUUUAUCAAUCCAAAUUCCAAAGGGCAAUGUGGCUGUGGAGAAUCUUUCAUGACUAUGACGAGGGAGGAAGCCGCCAAGCGUGGGGUUAGUUCAGGGACAUAAUAAAGAAGGCUUAGAUUGGAGCAUAAGCACAGAAAUGAACCCUGUGUAAUUUAAAGUAAAGUUUAUGCUAGUUUUGUCUUUCACUUUAGUGUAGUUCAUGUGAUAAAUGUAUAUUUUGAAACCUUGUCUAAUGUACUUGCCUUUCAUGAACAGAAAAAUCUAAUCUUAGCAGCAUGCCACCAUAAAUGGUUUUAUAUCUUUAUAUCCAUCAUUUUCCCUUUUCUGCUCCAUGGCUGUUCAUGUUUUAUCUAUAUGCAUUAAUGGAUUUCAGGUGAUAUGAAAGACAAAACACCAAGAAAACUAUUUCCCAUCUCUUGGGUGUAACUUGUAACCAUUUAAAAAGGAUUCUUACAAUGAGGUGAUGAUCUUAGUUUCAACUUAUAAAGAAAUGGUAGAAUUUUGUCCUAUGAAAAUAGGUUCUGUAGAUUCUUAUGACCUGGAGUUUAUCACAUUAUCUAAGAAGGUAGAUUAUAUGAGAUUUAAUCUCAUUGGGUACAAGGCUUCUGGCAAUAGCAGUAUCCGUAAUGUUCUAGGAUCAGGCAUUUGCUACCUCCAUCAUAACCUGCACUCUUGCAUGCCUCAACGCAGGCAGGAGUUAUAAGUUGUGGGCAAUCAUCGUGGAAGAUCGGCAACAGUUGGUAGCAUGUAGUAGCUUCCACUUCCUUGGCAAUCUCACCUGCGACAGGUUAAAUUAGAUUUCAUCAGUUACGAACUCCAGAUUUCUUGAAAUCUUGAGUCGUUGAAAACCUAGAAUGUUACAUGUAAUUGCCAAUACAUAGUUGAUGUUAGCCUAUUGUAUUUCUUUUUGCUUCAGAUAUGGAAUAGACUUACUGGCAGCGAUGAAAAGGAGCAGCAACAUAGUGGUGCUGAUGAACGCGCUGCUGCGUGUCUUCAUUUCCGGUUCUCCUCUGUGUGUAAUUUUGUUUACGAAUUCUCUUAAUUUGGUGCAUAUUCCUUUGCCAAUUUAUUAAAAGUAUUUCAGAUUUCCGUAAUCUAUUUUCAGAUGUCAUCCAUGGCUCACAUUUAACAUCUUUGGACGAUACCUUAUAUGUCAACCGUUUUU